AUGGCGCACGUAUACAACUCCGAUUGUAGCGACAGUGACGAGAUACCCGAGGUCUCUUUCACAUUAAAUAUCCACCCAUAUAUGUAUGAGCCCGAGGCAUCUAAUGAUGACCACCACAUCGACUCAGAUUCGUCAGAUUGUCCAGCAGAACUGCAUCUAUGUGACGAAAGUGACACGGACAGCGCAGCUUCCAAUCAACCUGUCGGAGAAUGGUGUUCUUGUGGUAUGUGUACGCAUAUGCCUACUAAAGAGGAAAGGAAAUGCUGUCAUGAUAUGAGUAUUUUAGAGGAAAAAAUGACCAAUAUAAACUGUAUCACCCAUCAUGAAGGAUUUAUAGCAAACUGUCUUAACUUGCAUGUACUGGAAACAUCAUAUUACGAAUAUGCUGAUACAUAUGGCCCAGGGGCACAAGAAGACAGUCACAGGAUGUAUCGUCUGAUAGCAUACCGCCGCUUUAUCAGGUGGACAUGGAAGGUCCUUGGAAAGAAAAACAGACGGGUUAUACCAGCAUGUGCAGUGACUGCCAUACGGAAACAGUUUCCAUCUGAGCAGUAUACUGGAUUCAAGUAUCCACGUUCCUGA